AUGGAGGGGGUCUUUGGGAAGCUGCGGAGUCUAGAUGCCUACCCCAAGAUAAACGAGGAUUUCUAUAGUAGGACGCUCUCUGGCGGGAUCAUCACCAUCGCCUCCUCCGUCGUCAUGCUCCUUCUCUUCCUCUCCGAGCUAGGUGCGCCCAGCGUUUCCCUCCCCCAUUUCGCUUUUCUCGGUCCUGUUCCUAGACACGGUCUUCCUUUUCUCGGCCCUGAAUUUUAUGUCAUUUCCGAUGUCCGUAUAUUCGAUUCCCGUUCUUUCCUCUGAAGAUUUUAUAAUUUUAUCUGUGUUGGCUCGAUAUGCGUUCCUGGGAAGGAUGGAUUGUGUGGAUUGGAAAGAUAUAAUUUUAUAAUUUUAUGAUUUGCAUGACAUUCUUUAAACGUUAACGAGGAAAGAUAAAAAUUCAGAGGGGAGAUCGUGCCGUUACGUUUGAAAUACUAGAUGAGGUUACAUGAAUGGUGGCCCAUUUUUAUAUUCAAUGGUUAUUUAAUCUGAUCCAUCUGGAUGCAAGCCGAACGGACCCAUGCAUCAUUCAAGUUGUUUAACGCCAUAAGAUGAAGUGGCAAAACAAAACUGUAAAAUUCGUAAUUGUAUUCAUCUUUUCUGAUCUCUUUGACGCCAUGCUUGAUUCCCACAUAAAAUUUUCUUGUUUAAAAUAGAGACAACAUUCUGCUUCCACUAGUGACGUCAUUUCAAUUAUUUUUUAUGGUUGCAUAUAUGAUUUUCAGACAGCAGUCAAAAACUAGUUGACCACAACCCAAUGACUUGUUCACUUCGUGAAAACGUGUUAUUUUAACUUCCUAUCCAAGGAGGCAACAUGGAAGUUGUAGAUAUAUCACCUGUAAUAUUGUCUUCAGACAACUUUACCUAUGUCAUUCUAGCAUGAUUGACUUUCAAUUGUCUUGAAUGUAAUCCGCAUUUGAGAAUGUUGAUCCAGCCUAUCUAUUUUUGAAUUGAAGCAAGACUAAAGCUUCACCGUGAUCAACUACCUCGCCAGUGGGUAGCUGCAGAGAUGUCUUUGUCACAUGUGCUGUCUGGUUUGGCCCAGCCAUACAAGUUUCAUAAUAUGGUUUGAUAUCUGAUGCAGAUGUGAUCAACCUUGGUUUAUAGUGCAGUUUUAAAUAAGGACUAGGAUUUUUUUAAAAAUGUUUAGCCGAAGCUAAUUAUUGGAUGACUAUGAGUCAAAAAGCAUGUAACCUCUCAUUCCAUGUUGUCUUUGACGAGUUGCAGCAUCUCAGAUGUAAACACCGGACAGAAAAAUAUUUUCUUGUUUAAAAUGGAUAAAAGAUGAAGAAAAAUAUCUCCAAAGCUAAAGUCAUUUACUUAUGAUCAAAUAAAAUUAAAUCAUGGUUAAAAUCAUUUUAAGGUUGCAACUCGUUUUUUUACUUAAAACGUUUUUAUCUGAUCCCAUUGCUCUUGUCAAGUUGUAAGUUAAAAUGCUUGGGCUUAUUGGAUUCUAUCAGUUUCUGAAUCUUGGGGUAGUUUGUGUCCCCAAUAUUCUUGUGACGCAGUUGUUAAACGUGCUCAUUGUGCACUGCGGGAAGCGCUAUUGCCAUUUUCUGUAAGAUAAAUACCAAUGUUCUAAACUCAGAGGGAUAUGUUAAUUGCAAAUAGAACUGAAGGCUGACCACUCUGAGGUUGUUCCAAUCAUUUGGAAUGGCAUAAUGAUUAGUGUGAGGGAAAAGCCACCAAAAAUCUCUCCUGGAAUCCCUUAAAUGGCUAAGUUUACUUUUUAGCACAACUGAAAUCCUUGAUUUCUCUUCAUGACGCAUGUAUAUCUUAUGAAGUCUGUAAGCUAUGGUCCUUUUUACAUUUUUUAUUUUUGGCUGUUUCUCUGUGGACACUGUAGGAGUAUCUUGCACUUUUCAACCGUGAGAAUCAAUCUUUAAUGUGCAUCAGAAGUCAAUAACAAAUUGAAUAUAGUGCAUCAUCUGGUUAAAAGAAUAUUGAUUAAUAUUAUUGAAUCUAGCCUGUAGUCCUCUAUUAACUAACUAUUCCAUUUUUUUAUUGACUUCAUCUAUAGAUUGACUAGUAGAUAAUCUGUCAUCUUCUCUGCCCUAUCUUUCUUCAACAUAAAAGUAUCUUUGGAACAUUGAAUGUGGACAUGAAUGGUUCCAUUGAUUGGUGGUUUUUCCUUGGGUUAUUAGUGGCAGAAACUAAAUAAUUACCUCCUGAAAGUUUUACAUUUAUCCCUGAAGCUGGCUGGUCGAAUAUAACCCUUGGUUCGAUCAUUUUUGUAAAUAUCUUUGGCUCCCAGAUGGAGAACCUUUGAUUUCCAUAUUUUCUACGAAUCCCCAAUUUUUAUGGUCACUUUCAUGCAUCUCAUCUUAUUCUCCGUGAUUUCUUUUCUGUUUAAAGCCUGCAUCAUCCAGUACAAGGGUUUCAUAUAAUCUUGCUUCCAAGUUCCAUUGCAUUUGUUAAUAAGUUUGGCCUUCUGAAUCGAAACCAACUUACAGCAAGUCAAAUAUUCCUAUUAUUGUAAUCACAUACUUAUUCUCGUAAUAAAAAUAUGGAACUAAACACACCCUUUCCUGCACAAAUUGAGUUUUAAACCUUGUCACAUAUGUUAGGUGUGCAUACAGCUUUGACGAAACUAUGUUCUAUAUUACCGUAGUUAACUUAUAAUUAAAUGAGUGGAGUAUGACAGGGAUUUAAUGCCAUAUUUUUCUGUUCAAGGGAUUAAUAAUGAUACCAUGAGGAAUGUUAUUACCCUUAGUGUCCGUAUUUUUUGUCAGAUUAUUAAAAUUUUCGUUAUAUUGGACUUUCGAAUCUUUAUUUUUUCCAUUGCUUACAUUCUUGUUAAUUCAUUUAUGAAUCUAAAUAUACAUCAAAGUUUUUUAUCUUGGACAUAGGACUCACAAUGAAACAAUGAUCUUUUGAUUGCAGGAUUAUAUAUUCACCCCUCUACGGAAACAAAACUUGUUGUUGAUACUUCAAGAGCGGAAACUCUUCGAAUUAAUGUAAUGUCCAUCUUCGAUCCUUCAUUUUGUGGUUGUCAAUAUUCCAUAGUUCCUUUAUCGUUUUUCUUUUUUCCUUUUUGAGAAAUAAACCACUUUCUUCCUUAGGUUUUUUCUAGUCUGGGCAUUUACUCUUUUAAGAUUUCUUCUGGGUCUUGUAUUAGAUAAACUUUUUUUGUCUACUCUUGUCAUUAUAAUAGCUAUGAUAGCUAUGAUAGCUAAAAACAUCUUGCAUUCAGCUUUGUUAGAGUUGUCUUUCUUUUCACAGUUUUAGCUUAUUUCAUGACGGUUGAUAACUACGAUAGCUAUGCUUGAUAGUUGUUACAUAAUUUAGUCAUUUCGUUUAUAUCGUUGCUAGUGCAGUUUGAUGUGACCUUCCCAGCGCUUGCCUGUAGCAUGCUCAGUCUUGAUGCAUUGGACAUCAGUGGAGAAGAGCAUCUUGAUGUGGUAUGCAUUGCAAAAUAUCUUGAUGGCCCAUCUUUGCCAAUGUUUGUUCUGUUAGAGAAGCAUAAGAUAUCAACUUGUACAAUUCUGACCUUUAUGAUCUUGUGGAAGUUGAUUUUUUUUGUUAAUCCUUUUCUAUGCAGAAACAUGAUAUAAUUAAGAAAAGAAUAGAUAGCCAUGGCAAUGUAAUUGAAGCUAGACAGGAUGGAAUUGGUGCGCCCAAGGUUAGUCCAUUUCUUCAUCUCUUUGUAUGUAAUUAUUUCCUGGCCUCACACUUACUGAGAGUAGUUACUCUACAUUCAGAUGCAAAAUUAUUUGGCAUUUUGGCUGUAAAAAUACUGAGCUCAAUACAAUGAAUGCCAGUUUUUAGUAAUAGGUAACAAGCUAGAGGCUAGAUUAUUGUCUCCAAAAUCGAUGAGUAGUUUGAGAUGUAAAACGGCUUUGUAAGUAAUCCUGGUUGAGGACUUCACCACUUGCCAUCCAAUUGUCAUAAUUUGUUUACAGGGAAAGAGCUGACUAAUGACAACAUUGGGCAGCUGGAAGCCAAAAAUGUGUCAGAUUAUCUGUGGUUAGAUUACAUAAAAACGUAAUUUUAUGUGUCAGAUUACACAAUGUGUGUGAACAUUUUGUGGUUUUGUUCAGCGACAGAAGUAUGAAAGCAAGAAAUAUAGACUUUGCUGUCCUUUUACCUCUCCAUGCAGUUCAUGUCGCUGGAAAAGAGAAGGGAUUCCUGAUAGGAAUUUCUUCAGUUUAGGACCCCCUAUAUUAUAACCUUACCCACCUCUUUAUUGGGUUGUCUUUCAUUGUGUCUGAUUGUCUUCGGAAGGGAAUUGGAUGUCAUCAUUGAGCAGAAGUCAUAGGAAUAUGGAUAGUUGGUAGUAGGCCUAUCUAACAGAAAGUGUAUGGAAUAAUUUUCAGGCCUCCAAUGCUCUCCUUUGAAAUGAAUUUCUGACGUCUUGUGCAUGGUUCCCUAAAGCUUACCCAUGUCUGCUGGAGAAUGCUUUCUAUGUAUUCUCGUAUGAGUGUGUGUAGCAAUUAGCACAAGGCUGUGUUGCUCGAAUUUCGUAAGGUCAUGGAUUAGCGUUGAAGUGUCUAAUGAUUUAUAGGACAUAAGUGGAAGAAAUCUCAGCAGAUAAAGUUUCCAAAUCAGGUUUCUUCAAAAGCUAAGGUGGGUCAUAGAAGAAUGGACGACAUGUUGUUGUGGCUGUCUUUUUUAAAGUGGAUGGUACCACACAAUUUUCUGAUAGUUAAAAGGUUAGAGCGCACAAGUGUGUGAAACUGCACAAACCCCAUAUGCAUAAAAAACGGUGAAGGGAUUCGUACUUCCAGGUUAAGUCCACUACAUUGACAAUUGUUCUUCUCAGAGUGUACAAUGUUUUGGCAUAGCAUUUACUAACAUUAAAAAUCACGUAAUUCGCUAGGUCUGAGAACAUUUCAGGGAAUCAUCGGCUAAUUCCAUCAACCUAGAAUGUCUUCUAUUAGUUUUAGCCCAACGUACACAGUUGAUGAGCAGUCAUCUCAUUAUAAUGUCUACUUUUUAGUACUUUCUGUAUAUGAUAUCCUCUGAAUUUGGGCUUUUCUUUAUCUGAAUAAAAGUAAAACUUACAGAAAUUAAAGAUUUUGAGUUUAAGGAUGAAAGGAAUAAAUGUUGAGUUGAGGAUGAACGCUAAGAAAUGGGUAUUCUUCUCAAAGGUUAAAGAUAAAAGCUUCAAAGAUGGGAAGUGAAGUGGAAACAAAGUAGUAUAAAAGAUACGUAUUGUUCAAACUACUGAUGGCGACCAGGUUUUGAAAGAGACGGCUACAGUGAAAGAGAUGAUCAUUAACAUUUUUCUAGAAUUCUCUUAAAGGAGAAGAGUUUUGGAGACGCCUGCUUGAGGAUGUUAUCAUGCCUAACGAAUUUUGACACUUGUUAAUUCUUUCUGUCAUGAUUUCCUUGUGAAAGUCAUUGGUAGAUCUACACUUUGUUAUGGGUUUUCUUGUAAUGUUUUGCGUUUUACUUCUAAAAAGUGGUGUCACGUUACCUUCAAAAUAAUGAAGAUAAAUUCUGGGAUUGAAUGACGGAUUUAAGGACGAAACUUGUAUUCAUCUGCUGGUUUUUACUGAGCUACCUAAGGCUAUUGCUGAUGAGCAAAAAUAUUUUUAUUACUUCAAACUAAGACGCCAGACUGGUCUCACUUAAAUUCCUUUACAUGGGCAAGUAAAUGUUUUUCCUGGAUCUUCAUCUUCCUUCCUAACGAUUUAUCCGAAUGUGUGGCUUCAUUGUGUUCGUUUACUUCAUCAUAUCAUAAUCUUUCAAUUUUUUCGAUAGAUUGAAAAACCGUUACAAAGACAUGGGGGAAGGCUCGAACACAAUGAGACCUAUUGUGGCUCCUGUUAUGGUGCAGAAGUGGUACGUUCACUUUUCCAUGUAACCACGAUUAUUCUGGUGGCAGAUACGUGCUGUUAUUCCUUUUAUACGUUGAAGAAUUACAUGAUAAUAAAAAGGGUUGUAAUUAACAAGUGCAGCAUUCCAGCUGUUGUGUUCCAUUUGUUCUUAAUGUGAGGUUCGUUCAGUGUGUCAAGUAGUUGUACGACAAUAUUCUGACAUUUGUUUGAUAGCUUCAUUGUUAUCCAGUAUUUGAAUCGGGAACAAUCCUUUCUGAUCUGAUUUCAAGGGGGUAAUCCAAAGUGUCCUCACUGCUCUUCGAACUUCAAAGAGAAAGAAAUUCCCUUUCUUAUCCAGAUUGAAUUUUAAGCUCAUCGUACUCUCUCCAUCUGAUGGCCUGUUUUAAGCUACUGAACAAUUUAGCCAAUUUUAAGCCAUCAAAAGUCUAGCACUGAGUGAGAAUAUAAGAAUAGUGAAGAGAAAAAGUCAGUUCCCUUACUCCUUUCUUUAAUUCAGGACUUAUCGUAGUCGGCUUAUGGUUGAAUGAGUGUUUUGAUAACAACCGUCUGUGUAUGAAAAAACUUUCAUGACAAAUCGUUUUUUUAAAUUAUAACAUUCGAAAAUUUAGGCAUAAACAUAUACACAUGCAUACACACACACAGGUGCCCAUAUGGAGAUAUAUAUAUAUAUAUAUAUAUACAUAUUAUGUAUGUUUGAUAGGAUUGCCUUAUCUGGUAUAUGGUUGUACCCACCUGCUCAACGGUCCAGGUUAUCUUACUAUGCCAUGAAAUAGUGUGAGGUUCGUUGGCUACCUUAUUAACAGCCUUGCGUACAAUGAAGGCAAAAUCAGAAUAGUUCAUUUUAUCAUCCAUUUAUCAUUUUGAUCCCAAGAGACUUAGUUCCACGCUUUUAUUAUCAAAUUUUUAAUGAAGUAUGAAGGCAAGAAUUCUAAAACUAUUAAACACUGGUCAUUUGUGUUUAGUGGAGUGGCUAAUAAUCAUUAUAAUUAGGUGAGUUGGAUGCACAGCAAGGACCGGGAAAUGGUUGGCCAAAAAGACUGGUCUGUCAGUUCGUCCCUAUCUAUUUUUAUGUAGGCCAGACUGUAGAAAGAUUACGGGACAAAAAGGUCAUGCUGUAUGGUGUACCUUCAUACCUCAUUAAAAAAAAUUAUAUGCAAACAGUAGAACUACAUGCAGCUAAUGGUUUUCACUUUGAACUUCUCACUAACUUUUGUCAGACGGUUUGAGCUACCUAGGCCCAGCAAAUCAUUGGAGACCACCCCAUAAACUUAACCAUCGUUGUCAAUAUUUAGACUAUUACAGUAGGGUGAUUCUACUUGUACAUGAUUGCCUUUGUGUGUGCUCUCUCCACCUCAGACAGGAAUGAUUCUGAUGUCAUUUCAUUUGCAGAUGAUUGUAAAUGCUCUUUUAUGUCUUUUCUAGGUUUUUUUUUACUUUGCAAUUAUGAAACCAAAAUACUGGCGAACUAUCAUUGGUCACAGUUGAUGAAAAUUACAGAUGCUUAACCUUAGCUAAUAUUUCCUUUCGUAUUGCUUUGCUCUAUUUGAUUCCCUGCCCUUGCACUUUUUGAAUGAAGCAGAGUCUCAUGCGAUUGUAUCUUCAACCAUAGUGGUAAAAAAAGUAGAGAUCAUUUGGUUUUGAAAUCGUUUUUGCCUUCAUGCUAUGCUGUUAUUCUGCCUUUCAUUGUGCUUGAUACAUUUCUACACUUUUUGGCCGAUCAUUUCAAAUAUUUUCAUCUAUUCGAUUUCUGCAGUCUGACGAGGAUUGCUGCAAUUCAUGUGAAGAAGUACGAGAAGCUUAUCGAAAGAAGGGUUGGGGAAUGUCAAACCCCGACUUGAUUGAUCAGGUAUUUCACAAGGGACUCUCUUUAAAGUCUGAUCUGGUAACCAAAUUUUAUAAUGAAAUAAACCUCUCAAUAUGAUGUAUUGCCUUUACGAAGUCUAAAUUAUCUUUAAAAUUAUGCUCGCACAUUGUAAAAGAUGAUGCCAGCUCCUAGUUUUACUGCAGUUUUUGGGUGAUGGAGGACUAUAAUUUAAAAAAAAAAAUCCAUUCCAACGAAGAUGAGGAUGUUAUUAGCAGCCCGAUUAGUUUAACAGAAAAGUGUUAUUUUCCAUCUUUUUUAAGAAACUGGCAGAAUCUAGGUUGCUAAAAUUAUUGACAGGAUUGUUGAAGCUUUUUAGUCACCAACGCGUUUCUUUUUCUUUUUCUGUAUUCUACAAACGUCUGGAUCUGAUUUGAGGUUGUUAUUUCCUUUGUUUCUGUGUCAGACUGGGAUCUUGUUACAAUUAUAGGUGUAUCCUAUGGUCUUUCACCAGCACAAAGUAUAAUCAGUAUAGAGUUCCACCACCAAAAAAUGAAUAGCAUGGAUAAUCACCGGUUAAGAAGAAAAGCACUAUGCUUGCAGUACACUUUUUCAUAGGAGGGCCUGUGGAGGCUGUCGUAAGGAAGAUUUUUUGAUGAAGAUUUCAAGCAUUAAAUAAUCCAUAAAAUGGUAUAAAUGGGGAUGGAUCCUAGCUACUUAUCAGAGCUUUCAACAAUACCGUGGAAAACCUGCGAGGUACUGACUUUUUAGAAGCAUAAUUUGUCCUUCUGUUGAAAAUGGUUGAAACCCUAGGCUUUUGGAAGGCAAGUAUGGACAGGUACAGACCUUUUUUUUGGCUGGAGGAAUGUUGAACAAAAAAUAGAGUAAGAAACAAAUUCCUUAUUAAACAAUCCCCAAGACGUGAGAAGAACAUCUCUUGUUCCCCAUAGUAUAACAAACAGUGGAGGAUGCCAAAAGCGAAAGGCUGCAGCUGCCUGAGCUAACCCAACUGCAAGCCGAGCUGCUAGAGAUGCUACUUUGCCCCCCUCUCUAAACAUAAAGAAUUGUAUGUCAUUCCGCAGGAGGAAGUGGUUCGUUAUAUAGAAUGGCUUCAGGCCACUCUCAGUCCAUCUGGAUAAUCAAAUAAUAAACAAAUAUAGACAACGAAAGCACAUAGCCGUCUAGGACACAAAAAACCUUGGAAUAAUCCAUUAUGGCACUAGAAUUAUACCUGGCAGGAGUUCUACUAUUCCUCAAUCAUCAACAAACAAAUCUUUCCUAAUGGGCUACCCAUAGUACCGUUGUCCACUAUUCCAUAGGAUAAUCAUAGGCAGACGGUUGAGAACAGUUCCAUAUUAUUUACUACAAAAGAAUGCCUAUAAUAGUAAAAAUGGGCCUAUCCCGUUUACUGACAAUUGAUUUUGAGAUGGACAACCCAAUAACUUAAGCAUGAUGGCAUACUCGAUGAUUGCUCUUGUGCUGCAUGAACACUUUAUCUGACUUCAUGACAAAGACGAAAAGUCUAUAUAUAAACUUCAGACAUAAAGAUGGGUUCAUUCCUCUCAUUGCUAACUGGUUUUAAGUUGGAUGUCCCAACAAAAUUAAAUAGAUGUGAAUUCUGCCGUCCAGUCAUAGUGAUUAAAACAUUUCAAUAAGACCAAAUAUUCUAAUUAAGAAUUUUGCCAAUGAAUAUUAACUUUCUCGUUACAAGAGUAUCCCCCACAAGAUCUGUUUUUAUAAGAGUACAACGUAGACCUUGUGGGGUAAAACUGGUCAACAAGGAAAACAAAACACAGUUACACCUUUGUCAGUAAGUGUCAGGUACAUAUUAUUGGCCAGGAAAAUGUCUCUUGGCCAACAGAUCAAAAUUAUCAUAUGCCUCCUGCUUGCAAACUCAAUUUGAACCGAAGUAUCUUUUCCAAGAAAAGACCUGGCCCAAGUCUAGAUGAAAACACAGAUGAUGGCCUCUGUCUUAGUUAGUUGAGAUCCUGGCAUCACUUUUAUCUGUUUUAUGAAGGCUUUAGUCGGUAAUUUUGUCAAGACUGCCAAGAUGAUAAUGGUUUGGAUUAGACAUCUCAAAAUUUGUUGUCUCAAAAGGCCAUAUGUAAUCAUUAUUACCGAUGGUUAAUGAUUUUCUGUCUCCUAGUAGUUUUCUUCGCUUGUAUUCCCCUUGGUUUUUAAAUUUUGCAGCAAUAGUUCUGGAAAUAUCAGCUGUCAAAUUCAGCUGUUACCCUGGUUUUGCCCUAUCACUUUCAUCUGUCAAACCGUGCAGUGCAAAAGAGAAGGGUUUCUUCAGAGAAUCAAAGAUGAGGAAGGUGAAGGUUGUAAUGUCUAUGGCUUUCUGGAAGUCAAUAAGGUGGCGGGAAAUUUCCAUUUUGCACCUGGGAAAAGCUUCCAACAGGCAAACGUGCAUGUACACGACUUGCUCGGAUUUCAAAAAGAUAGCUUCAAUGUAAGAUUGCUUCUUUUCUGCCUAACUUUUCCCGCCUCAGCCUCUUGGGUUGUGUCAUUUGUUUGAGGAUCUUGCCUCAGUAAGCCCGACUCAGGGCUCAAAAGCUCACUAUUACCUCUGAUAGUUUAUCAAAAACAGCCGAGUUUCCUCGUCAUCCUAAAAAGCUGAGUUGAGGAACGAAUUCUAAUUUUAUCUUGUGAAAUAAAAUUUUAAAUGAUUUUACAUCACAUGGUGCUCUCCGAUUAAUCAUAUAUUGGUUUUCGUUGACGUGUCUUUUAUCCAUCUCGAUGUGCCAGAUAAGUCACAAAAUCAACAGGCUCACUUUUGGAGAACAUUUUCCUGGUGUUGUUAAUCCUCUUGAUGGGUAAUACUCUUUUUUCUGAUUGUUUGGCAUGUUGCCAUUUAAGGCUCAUGGUACUCUUUAGCUUUCCAUUUCUGAUGUCGAGAUCAAUCGUGCAUUUUAACAAUAAAUUAUCAUACCCUCAGGGCCCAGUGGGUGCAACAAUCACAACAUGGAGUUUAUCAGUAUUUUAUUAAGGCAAGUGUCACGUUGGUUCUUUCAUGUGCUGUUCUUUUCUGGAACAUUUGUAGUAACUAGAGCUCCGAAGCACUGCCUGAGCAGACUUGCUCACAAUUUUGCCUCUUUUAGGUUGUUCCUACGGUCUACACCAACAUAAACGGGCAUGUAAUUCAGUCAAAUCAGGUGAGGCCCUGAAUUCGAAUCUCUGAGAUCAUCAGAAUUUUCAUGAACUUUCUUUGUUUGUUGCGAGAUGGUAUGAUAUUCUUUCAAUCAUGCAGUUCUCUGUGACGGAGCAUUUCAUGAGUGAGAUUGUCCUUCGCCAGUAUCUUCCUGGGGUGUUUUUCUUUUAUGAUCUUUCUCCGAUCAAGGUAAACAAUCAUUGUGCCAUCAUUCAACUUGUUCCUCUGCCUCACGCUGGGGACUUGCAUUUCGUGUUCAACCUGCCCAAUAAAACAAACAUUUUUCUUUAUAACGUUUUAGUGAGCAUUGAAGCAAUUCUCAACUGAUUUUCUCCAGUUUUUGGUGAUAGACCAUGCCAUUGGGGUUAUCCAAAUAUAUCUGAGAGUUUGUGACAUUGUUGUGUUGACCAUGAUCGGCCUACUAUUUUGGGAAGGUUGGGUUGUUUUGACUGAUCCUACCACAAAGGUGAACCUGUGGUGAUAAAAUGUGCUUACUCAACUCGUUGCUAUUUGGUUGUGUGGUAAUAAUAAGAACUGAUGACUAUUCUUAUUGGACAUCUAUUAGUAUAUAUACAAAAAAUAUGGCUACUCAUCUAUUUUUAACCAGUUUUGAGAUGGAUGAACCCAUAAUUUUAGCAUAUUAUCCGAGGAUGGUUGACCUUGGUCUCCACACACCCGAACUUCAGAGUUGCCUCAGAUUGUACCCCACUCUUUCCCAGUUGACUUUAGAGGUUAUGGCCUGACAACCUCAACCCAAACCAUCUACGGUGAUUGAACUGAAGAGAUGCAGAAUGCUUUUCCUCUCUUCUUGACAGAACGGAGUUGUAUUUUUAUUUUUAUUCUAAUUUUAGUCAUGAGUGUUCAUGAUCAUAAAGCAUGAUGCCUUGUGAGUAUGAUUAAGAAUCCCAAGUGAUGAAUGGAGAUUCCCUCAGGUGACUGUUACAGAAGCUCACGUCUCGUUCUUACACUUCUUGACAAACGUCUGCGCCAUUGUUGGAGGUUGGAUUCUCUCUCCUCUUCAUGGUUUCUCUGCCGUGAUUCACUCCAGGUUCAUAGAUGAUCUCACGGCGCCCUUUUCUCCCUACCUUCAGGUGUCUUCACUGUGUCCGGAAUACUGGAUUCUUUUGUGUAUCAGAGUCAGAGGGCCAUCAAGAAGAAGAUGGAAAUCGGAAAACUCAGUUGA